ACCCUUCUCUGCUCCUAUGGAAACGAGGCUGUGUGUCAUCUUCGUAAAGUGUUUCAUUGGUCUUCUGAUGAAAAAUGAUGCUGAAGUCAGUACCAGAAAGAAGACAUUCACUGAGGUCCAAACAGAACGACUGGAUCAAGCUGAACGGACUGUUUUAAUUAAGUGCCCAUCAAAACUUAAUGAAAAAAAGUUAUUGCAGUAUUUAUCCAGUCAUGGACACGUUAGAAGUCACUUCUUCUUUGAAAAUCGUGGCAUCAAUGCUUUAGUAGAGUUUUCAGAAAAGAGCAGUAUAGCCUCGUUGCAGGAUGUUGUUGGAAUCCCAAAUGCUGCAGAGCAUCAUGUUGUCCCAUUUAAAUCAAGACUUUUUACUUUCACACUGAAAAACCCAGUGAGUCAACCUGCUGAAGAAACACCACUUCACCUCUCUCCUCAGUGUCACAUUCCAGUGACAGGCCUUAUUCAAAAGCUUUGUCUUGCAGACAAUAUAAGCAGUCAGAUGUACAUUCUACUGAAUGAGUAUCAGCUUACAGAAGAAAAUAUCAAGCUCCGAUUUCUGGCCUGUUCUUUGGUUGGGGAUUUUGCACGGGCAUAUUUUCCAGACAGCACAGUAAAGCCGUUUGGCUCUUCAGUGAACACCUUUGGCAAACUGGGAUGCGAUGUGGACAUGUUUCUGGACUUCCAUGAUACACAAAAGAGUCCUACAAAAAUGAAAAAAGGUCCCUUUGAAAUGGAGUUUCAGAUGAAAAGAUUACCAUCUGAAAGAUUAGCGACUCAGAGGAUUCUUUCUGUGAUUGGUGAUUGCCUUGAUAAUUUUGGUCCUGGAUGUGUGAGUGUACAGAAGAUACUCAACGCUCGCUGCCCUCUGGUGAAAUUUUCCCAUCAACCGACAGGAUUCCAGUGUGAUCUGUCAGUGAGCAACAGCAUUGCUAUCAGAAGUUCAGAACUCUUGUAUAUCUAUGGCUGUCUGGAUUCCCGUGUACGAGCGCUGGUGUUCACUAUACGGUGUUGGGCCCGUGUUCAUGGACUUACAAAUAGUGCUCCUGGUACCUGGAUUACCAACUUCUCUCUGACCAUGAUGGUCAUGUUUUUUCUGCAAAAGAGAUCACCACCUAUCAUUCCAACACUAGACCAACUUAAAGAACUGGCAGGUGCAAAAGACAAGCAUAUAAUUGGAGGAUAUGAUUGCUCAUUUGUUAGUGAUUUAAGGAAGAUUAAACCUACAAAAAAUACAGAAACACUUGAUGUAUUGUUGGGUGAGUUUUUUGAAUAUUUUGGAAACUUUGAUUUCAGAAGGAAUUCCAUAAAUCUUCGAAAGGGAAAGGAAGUAAAUAAACCUGAGUCAUCUCCUCUGUAUAUCUGGAAUCCCUUUGAACAAGACCUUAAUAUCAGCAAGAAUGUUAAUCAGCCACAGCUGGAGAAAUUCAUAGCUAUGGCCAGAGAAAGUGCCUGGAUUUUACAGAAGGAAGAUAAAACUCAGAGAAUAAUCAGUAAAGAACCUUGGGGACUGGCAGCACUGCUGAUACCAUUUGGAAAAAGUAAUUCCAGCAAGAUGAAGAAUAGGAUGAAAGGAAUAGGAAGUGAAACAAUCAGAAGCCUCUUGGACUCUUUAAAGUUAAAUAAUGCAAACAGCCAACAAAAAGCAGUGGGAAAAUGACUUUCAGCACAUAAACACAGUAGCUAAUAUUCUGUUUUAGGAACUGGAUGUGACACGCAGUCCGAAGAACAUAACUUUUAAUAUUUCUGUUAUGGGGAAUGGAGAGUCAAAUGAUCUCUCUUUUUCAUUGUGAUUCUUUUUGUACAGGUCUCCUUUCUGUACAUUUUUCUCCUCCUUGCUCUUCACUUUUCCAUCUGCUUUAUGAAUGAAGAAUAUUCAAAUGCAAGUUUUUUCGGUACAUUUUUGAAAUAGCCUUCAGACUGACAGGAGCAGCAUGGGAAAGAGCCUUUGGGAAUUCUGUUGGCUAACAUACAAAUUAUAUGCUAAGUAAAAGCUCAAGAAACAGCCACCUUUCAGUGAAACCACAGUUUGAAAGAAGAUGAAUGUGUUGGAACCAUUGCUUCCAAUCCAGUCAUGUACUGAAAGCCAGUAAAACCGAAGUGCAUGCAUCUGUUUUUGCUACUGUUUUUCAUUCAUGUAGAUAGUGCCAAGACAAAAUAAAGAGAAUGGAGUUAGAUAGUAGGGUUUGCAGUUUCCUAAAGCAUUGCUCUCCAAGGGUAGUGCAACUGUUUUGCGUUGGAGAAGUGGGUUUGCUCUUGUAUUUACCACCUGAUUUCAAAUUUAUUUAGUCAGCUCUCCUUUGUUUUCUGUACCCAUAGGACUGGUCCCCACCCACAUUUGUAUAAUGUUUCUCAUUUUGCCUUCAGCUUCAUUUUAAACCUGUAUUUCAGGUUCAGGCAGGGGCUCUUCUAUGCUCUUCUUGCUUCAUCACUCUAUUCAUAGUUGCUGCCUACUAAGUGACACCAAAGCCUUCCUGCAGAGGGAUCUAUCCCAUGCAGAGAUCCAUAGAGAAUUAUGUAUCAUGCUGGAGUCCUGUUCCCAGUCUUGCCUUGGUUUUCACAUACUCAGCAAAAUGGUGACUGUCUCCCUUCCAGAUCAGUUGGGCCAGUAGAGUCAAUGCUUUUCAUUGGCUUAAAACAUUGAGUGCUCUCUGUCCAUCUGCCACAAAAAGGAGUGUUUUCAGAAGAAGGGAGAAAGGGGAGGGAAGGAAGAAAGGAAAGAAAUCAAAAAGGGAAAUGGAAAGCAGGCAAACAUCAGACUUUACAAGUACAUUUGUGAGUAUUUCACCUGUCCAGUUUGAGAGCCACUCAUGCAUUAUAACUAAAUGGCAACGGUGACAACUC